AUGCAAUGUAUCAGUGGAGAAGGGGGGUUCGAGAUACAGGGGCGAGAAUGGAAGGAGUAUUUGAGAGAGUCUGGGGUGAAGGGCAAAGGACCCUGCACUGGCGCGAACACCGUGGUGGAAGAUCCAUCGAGGAGGCUGCAGAAGGAAAUGGCACGUACUCGGUCCAUGGGUCUGUUUGGAAUGCGACAGACAAUUCAAUUCUAUCGACGUGAAGUGCGUGGGUACGCAUUCAAGCGAGACAGUGCUGCGAAGACGUCAAUGCUUCAAGUAGAUCAUUGUGUCGUGAGGGGGAGGAUAGAAGGUCGACGGGUGGCUUCUAUUGAUAUCGGUCGUGUGGUCGGAAUCUCAACCGCUUGGUACAUAUGCACGGAAGCGAUGCACGUCUUGCAUGCCGAGCGGCCACGAGGGUUGUCGUAUAUUACAGUCGGGGAGAGUGAUACGGGGAGAACGACGGUGAAGGGAGUCUGGGUAUGGACCGUGUACUCGUGUAUUGGCGAAAUUGGAUUCCAGUGGUUGUUGUAUUGA